GCGCAAGCACAACCAUGCUCGCCCCUCGGCUGCCGCUCGGCCCGGCCGGGCUGCUGCUGCUGCUGCUGCUGUUGCUGCUCUUCCAGCUGCCGCUGCCCGGCCGGCCGGAUCCUGAAGCCAGUUGCGAUCCGGACGGCUGUUACGCGCUCUACUCCCAGCCGCGCAGCUUCCUCGAGGCCUGGCGGGCUUGCCGGGAGCAAGGGGGCAACCUGGCCACGCUGAAACGAGCCGAGGAAGCGGCCCAGGUGAGCCAGCUGCUGGCCGGCAGCCGCCAGCCCGGCCCGCCCCGUCUCUUCUGGAUCGGGCUGCAGCGCCAGCCGCGGCAGUGUUUCCCGCAGCGGCCCCUGCGCGGCUUCAGCUGGGUCACCGGCGAGCAAGAGACGGCUUACAGCAACUGGGCCCGCGCCGUCGGGGCGGCUGCGGGAGCCGCCGGCUGCGCCGCGCCGCGCUGCGUGGCCUUGGACGACCGCGACUUCCAGUGGCUGGAAGGCUCCUGCGCGGGGCCCGUGGACGGCUACCUCUGCCGCUUCGGCUUCCGAGGGAUGUGCGCCGGCUUGGAGGCCGUCGAAGAAGGGGCCAGCGUGGCCUACGAGGCUCCCUUCGGGCAGCUGGCCGCCUCUGCCUCCGCCGUCGGGGCUCCCCCGCGUUUCCUGCCCUUCGGGACCGUGGCCUCCGUGGGCUGCCCGGGCGGCUCCUCUCUGCUGUCCCUGCUGUGCCUGCAGAAGGAGGACGGGCGCGUGGGCUGGUCCAAGAACCCUCCGCUGUGCCGGGACCCGUCCGGCGGCGCCUCCUCCUCCUCUUCCUCCUCUUCUUCCUCCUCCUCCUCCUCCUCCGCGGCGGCCUCGGCUUCGGCGGCCAGCUGGUGCGAGGGAGACAACGGCGGCUGCCAGCAGCUGUGCGUGGACGAGGGCUCGGGCUACGCCUGCGAGUGCCAUGCCGGCUACCUGCUGCUCCCCGACGGCCACUCCUGCGCUGCCCACGACCCCUGCCGCCACCGGCCCUGCCAGUUCGACUGCGUGGCCGAGGAGGAGGAGGAGAGCGGCGACGGCUACAGGUGCCGCUGCCCCGCCGGCUACGAGCUGGCUUCCGACGGGCACCAGUGCGAGGAUUUGGACGAGUGCCUGGAAGCGCCGUGCGAGCACCAGUGCGAGAACACGGAGGGCUCCUUCCUCUGCCGCUGCCACCUGGGCUUCAGCCCCGCCGAGGACGAGCCCGGCCAGUGCGUGGACACCGACGAGUGCCAGAUCCCGGGCGUCUGCCAGCAGAUGUGCGUGAACUACGUGGGCGGCUUCGAGUGUUACUGCACCGAGGGCUUCGACCUGGAAGCCGACGGCAUCAGCUGCAGCCCCGUGGAGGGGCUGGACGGGCCCGACGCCACCCCGCCCGAGGCCUGGCCCGACGACCCUGCUUUCCACGUGCGCUUCACCACCCGGGAGGCGGACGACCUGAGCGCCCAGCCGCCCCAGCCACCGCCGGCGGUCCGCUUCUCGCUUUUCCGCGACGGGGAGGCCGGCUCCUCGUCGGAUUCGGCCGCUUCGUUCUUGUCGGUGCCCGACCGGCUGGUCUUCCCUCCUCCGGUACCGUCCACGGAGGCCCCCGAGUUCGACGUCGCGUGGGACGGCCACUUUUCUCCCCUGGAGCACGGGUUCUCCCCUCCGGGGCACCCCGAGGUCCUCCAUCCCACCCCCGCGGCUUCCGAUCCUCCUCCUCCUCCUCUCCCUCCGACGUCUCCUGCGGUCACGCCCACUCCGGAUGACCCCGCGGACCUUCCGACUCCCCCGUCUCCCUCCCCUUCGGAUGAGAAGGGGGACCCCGUCGUCGGGGGAGUCAGGGCGGCCCUCCCCACCUCUCCUCCCCCCAGCCCGGCUUCUUCUGGGGAGGGACGGCAGAGGAAGGACGACCGCUGGCUCUUGGUGGCUUUGUUGGUGCCCAUUUCGGUCUUCCUGGUGAUCAUGUUGGCUCUGGGCAUCGUUUACUGUACCCGCUGCGGAGCUCAGGCCAAAAGUAGGAGCGUCACCCAGUGUUACCGCUGGGUGGUCAACCCGUCGGAGAAAACCGCCCCGCCCGCCUCGGCCAACCGACCUUGCCAACCGGCCACUUGCCGGACCAGUGUUUGAACCCCGGAGCCGCAGCCCCGGGGGGUGGGGGUAAAGGCGGGUGGGGGAGGAAGGCUAGAUGGCCUUGCUUGCUCCCGAGCCAGGUGGGCACACAAGGACCCCAAACCCUGCAAAUGCCAGUGAGGGUUCCCCCCCUCCCCUUUGCCGCAUCUGGGACAGCCUGCCAGGAUGCAGAGAGACCCAGCUGGAGGGGCGCCCGGGGCUGGUUUCCCUCCCCCACCGCACCGCACCCCAGGCUCGGGGUGAGCCCCAAAACCGACUCAGAACUUGCUUGCUGGAGUAAAGAGACUUUUUUUGGGGGGGGGGAGAUGGGGGGGGCGCAGAAGCCCCUUCCUAUUGCAACGUGGCGCCCCCUCCCCCCUGGCUUGCGACCCGGUGCUGCUGGAGACCCGGAGGUGCCUUUUUUUUUUAUCCAAAGAGACUUCCCAGACAGUGGAAAUGAAGG